AUGUCAAAUUCUUCGAGAACACGUGCGCGGAAGGAGAUCGAUAGAAGAUUAAAGGGUAGUCGUAGUAAGUACGCGAUCAAUCUUUCAUAUCCUAUGCUUCCCAGACGCGCCCCAGGUCACAUUUUUAUCUUGGGAAACAAUGACUUUGGUCAACUUGGGUUGGUUGUUUCGGAAGACGACGAUUCUGAGGACGAUCGAGAAAUAAUAACGCCAACAAUAAAUUCCGUUUUUAAUAAUAUGUCCGUCGUUGACAUAAGUAGUGGAAAUUUACAUUGCGCAGCUUUGACACGUAAUGGACAAGUUGUUACCUGGGGCUGCAAUGAUCAUGGUUCUCUCGGUCGAAAGACUGCCAAUAAUGAAGAAAUGGCAAUGCCUUCUUAUGCACAAGGGAUCGAGGAGGAGAAAAUUACCAAGAUCGUUUGCGGUGGAAGUAUUUCGCUUGCGAUAUCAUCCAGUGGUUAUCUUUACAUGGCGGGAACGUUCAAAGGCCCAUCAGGAGUUUUGGGUUUUAAAAUAAAAGAGGAAACCCCCACACAGCAAACGACUUUUGUCCUUUACGAACCAGCAAAAGAAUUAGUAGUUGUCGAUGUUGCCGCAGGUACUGAUCAUGCGAUGGUUCUUACAAUCGAAGGUUACGUUUACUGCUGGGGAAACGCCGAGGCAGGUCAACUCGGGAGAAAAGUCUCCGAACGUCAUGCCACUUCGGGGCUUUACCCUAAUAAGCUAAAUCUAAUUAAGAUCGAGAAAAUAUUUGCCGGUGCAUUUCAUAAUUUUGCGAUUCGACAAGAUGGAACCGUGUACGCUUGGGGACUAAACAAUUUUGGUCAGUGCGGUUUUGAGUCGAAAGACGUUUUUAUUAUGCGACCCACGAUCGUCGAAUUUUUUAAUGAUAAAAGAGUUAAGACCAUUGCAGCAGGGGAACAUCAUACUUUGGCAUUAUUAGAGGAUGGUAGAGUUUUCGGCUUUGGAAGGGCAGAUUACGGGCAACUAGGUCUGGGAAAGUUGAAAGAACGAAAUGUGACUACUCCCACGUUGAUUAAAGCUCCUUCGAAAAAAAUCGGUAGAAACGAAAACGACAUGGAUAUUGACGACGAUUCCACGGGAAGCCAUGAUAAUUCUUUGCUGUGUCGUCUUAUUGCUACCGGCGAUCACCAUAGUGUCGUUGUUGGAAAGGACGGGUCCUUAUACACCUUUGGUUUUGGUGAUAGCGGCGCCCUUGGAAAUAAAAAUUCUAACGAGGAAGAUGACGAUGAGGAAUUUGAUGAACAUGUGCCGUUUCGAGUUACGAACAAAGAAUUGGGAAAUCGGGAGAUUCAUUCAAUUGCGGCUGGGUCUCAGCAUACAAUCCUGCUUACUAGUUAA